AUGCCUGUUACUCAACCAAAAACACCAAAAAUUUUGUCUAAUCGUCAAAAGUUUCGACAAAUAUUACCAUCCCAUGAAACAUUACGUGAAAUUGAGGCACUUAACUUAGGAAAACCUCGAAAUUGUAUAGGGAAUCAAUUUGGAAAAAAAGUAAAAAUUAUUGGAAAGAAAAGAUUAGAACGUAAACUUGGAGAUUUGACACUUGAACGAGAGGAACAAUUAGAGGUACGUGUUUUGCGAUUAACGCAGCAAAUCAAUUUUUACGCUGCUGGUAAUAUGUUUAAUAUGGUUGAUAUGCCUGGUUAUGGAUUUGCUUAUGUUAAAGAUGAAGAAAGGAUCAAAUGGAAAGAAUUGAAUGUGGAAUUUCAGAUAAUCUUAACUAAAUGUGACCUAGUGAUCGCACCAGAUCUUGCACGUCGACAUACUCUUGUUAAAGAGCAACUUGAAGUUUAUAGAAACGCUAUCCCUCAGCCUAUGAUGGUAUCUGCCCGAAGAAAAUCUGGGAUCUACAAAUUAAGACAAUUGAUAUUAACUAUUGUAGGAGGAUUGGAGAGGGCAAGAGAG